AUGGAAUUUAAUGAAAAAAAGCCGAAAUUUCAACAAAAUGUAGUUUCAAAUCUUCUAGACAGAGAAAUCGGUACAGAAUAUCGUAAAUAUGCAACUAACACUAACACUUAUCGACAUCCAUAUCAACUACUCACCUCAACAAAACCCGAUACUUUAGUGCAAAUAGAUCUGGACAAAUGCGACAAGAAUCCUGAUUCUGAUCAACCGCCAUUCAGUUUACUAGCCGAUUGUCUGGGAUUCUCACCAGAUGGAAAGUAUUUGGCAUUUCAUAGUCAUGCUAGAAGCUUCGUUUCAAUAUUCAGAUAUACAGGAGCGGAAGGUGGAAAGUGUGCAGAAGGAAUUUCAAAUCCACAGAACUACUUGAGAGAAGCAGGAAGGCUGGAUUUAAGCUCCUUCACUCGAGAUUACAACUAUGAAAACGAGAGAAUGCUCGGAAGUUGGUGGACUGAUGACAGUAAAGCUUUGAUAAUCCAGUUAUCCAUGGAGUCGUCAAUCGAUGAUGAGGAUCAGGUUGUUCCAGAAGAUGAAGACGUUCUACAACUAGCCAGACAACUUGUGGAGGAGAAUCGAAAUACGUACCCUGAAGGAGAUAUGGUGGGGAAUUUUGUAAAUGAGAGGAGGAGACGCUUAGAAAUACUACGAGCUCCAGCUGGAGAAGGUUUUCGGGAUGAUGAUUUAUAUGAAGAAGUUCGAUACAAUGUGUAUGAUAAUACGAUGCGACCGAAUCCUGAAUGCUAUGAUGCGGACGCCGAAAUUGAUUAUGGAACGUUGGAGACGCUGUUCAAGCAACAUACAAAUGGAAUCAUGCCGGAGAACGAGCUCACUAAUGAGAUCUCAGCCUACCAGCAUCGAGAGACGAGUCGGACGAUACCAUUUACGUUUGCGAUGGAAUCGGCGGCUAGAAUGCGUGUUGAUUCAUUCAAAAAGAGAGGUCAAACGAGUAGAACUAUGCCAGUUUACCAUGCAUUGACUCGCUCGAUCCGAAAAUCAAAUUAUGACGGUUAUUCGACGGAUUCAUCGGAUUCAUCGGACUCAUCAGAUGAUUUACAUCGGGAUCAAUUGCCUGCUAGUUAUUCUUAUAUGCAAGAAAGUGAUGCUACGAGAAUGCUGGCGGCUGAGGAGAAGCUGAAAAAGCUGCAGAAAAUGAAUUGCCGGUGUAGAAUUUGUUCAAAACGCGAGGUAUCAUGUGGUUUAAACGGGGAGAAGAAGGUCAUUGUAUGCACCGAUUACUGGAAGAAAUGGACUCGGAAAUAUGGAGCGAACCUCAGUGGACUCGGUUAUUCGAGACCGGACGCUUAUAUCAGAAGAAAACAUGGAUUAAGAAAUGAGAGACCAACGGUCGGGGCGUAUCGGGAUCGGCUUCGAAAGACACUCGAAGACUUGGAUUAUUUUCAUAAAUCGUAUUUAACUGCGUCGGCUCGAGAGGAGAGACUCGCGGGUCGAGAGGACAGGGUUCAGUCACUGAAAGUGGAUACGAUGCUAGUUUUGGCAUUUGAAAUUGAGGAAGAUACAGUAUGCCCUCUGUAUUACAACAAUAUCUCUUCCAAAUUCUUGUGCCACGUCAGAGAUCGUACAAUGACAAUAUGCUGCAACAAUGACACAAUUGAGAUAUAUCAUUACUCGGAAACCACUCACAUAUGGGAACAACAAGAAGAUGUUCGACACUCACAAAAUGAAUCCUACCUCGUUCCACUCGAUUUUCGUGUUGGCACAAUGCCAGGGCAACCGUCGAGAAAUGAGGAGCCGGAAAUGGGAGAAAUUUUCGAUGAUUUGUUCGAGUCGGAUUACUUCUACAGUCCUGUUCAACAGGAUACGCUAACUCUUCUUCAUAGAGAUAUGCCAGAAGUUUUUGAUACAAAUGACGCCCUUUUGAAAGGAAGACCGAGAGUCUUUCGAUGUCAUGCGCUUUCCGAUGAUUUAAUAGCAGUCAGUUUGAAACUUCCAUGGUUCAAGCCGAUGUAUAUGGGAAUGAUAAUAUCACCAGACAGUUGUAACACCACUCUUUAUCCAGAUUAUCAUGAAUUCCUGAAACUUCUCUUCGCCAACCAUCUCCCAGAACUUUUGCCACGUGCUUGGACGUAUUUCAAUCCGUACCCAGCAAAAGAUCAACCAUGGUUCAAAAAGGAAAUUAUAAAUGUAUCGGAUCCGAGAGAUUUGAAUGACUAUGAACUUCUCCGCGAAACAUAUGAGUUUCUCAGUAAACACUGGAAUAAUCUGAAAAGCACAUCAAACCCACUCAAUGACUCGUUAUUCAACUCUACUCAUGCAUAUCAAUUUUUCAGCAAAUUCGUAUUCACCAAUGGCAAUCGAAUCACUUUUAAUGCUCCGGAUCUAAACAAAAGAAAACAUUUGGACGUAUUUUGUCAUCCAAAAGACCCGUUUGCAGUUGUCAAUAAUACUUAUAACUGGUUUUUCGGUAUUCGAAAGAAGGAUCAAGACGAUGUGAUUGUCGGUGUGAACCCUCUUGAAAGCGAUGGUGAUGACGAGAAAAUGGAUACUAACUAA